UAAACAUCAACAAAUGAUGAAACCUUCCACAGCAGAGACGCUUCAUAAAGGAAGGAUGUUGUGGAUAAUUCUUCUAAGCACAAUUGCUCUAGCAUGGACUACACCAAUUCCCUUGAUAGAGGACUCGGAGGAACUCGAUGAGCCCUGCUUUGAUCCAUGUUACUGUGAAGUGAAGGAGAGCCUUUUCCAUAUACAUUGCGACAACAAGGGAUUUAUAAAUAUUAGUCAGAUAACAGAGUCAUGGUCGAGACCUUUUAAACUUUAUCUGCAGAGGAAUUCCAUGAGGAAAUUGUACACUAACAGUUUUCUUCACUUGAACAAUGCUGUGUCUAUUAACCUUGGGAACAAUGCACUGCAGGACAUUCAGACGGGGGCUUUUAAUGGGCUCCGAGUUCUGAAGAGGUUGUAUUUGCACGAAAACAAAUUGGACAUUUUCAGAAAUGACACUUUCCUGGGUUUGGAAAGUCUGGAAUAUCUGCAGGCAGAUUACAACGUCAUUAAACGGAUUGAAAGCGGGGCAUUUCGAAACCUAAGUAAAUUGAGGGUCCUUAUCCUAAAUGACAAUCUUAUCCCCAUGCUUCCCACCAACUUAUUUAAGUCUGUGUCCUUAACUCACUUGGACUUGCGCGGGAACCGGCUAAAAGUCCUUUCGUACCGCGGGAUGUUGGACCAUAUUGGCAGGAGCCUGAUGGAGAUCCAGCUGGAGGAGAACCCAUGGAACUGUACGUGUGAGAUCGUGCAGCUGAAGAGCUGGCUGGAGCGCAUUCCCUACACCGCCCUGGUAGGGGACAUCACCUGCGAGACCCCUUUCCACUUCCACGGAAAAGACCUGCGGGAAAUCAAAAGAAGUAAGCUCUGUCCCAUGCUGUCCGACUCCGAGGUGGAAGCCAGCCUGGGUAUCCCUCAGCUGUCGUCCAGCAAGGAGAACGCGUGGCCUACGAAGCCUUCCUCCAUGCUGUCCUCCUUCCAUUUCACCGCUUCCUCUGUUGAGUACAAAACGUCCAACAAGCAGCCCAAACCCACCAAGCAGCCCAGGGCGCCUCGGCCUCCCCCGACGUCCCGCGGCCUGUACCCUGGGCCGAACCAGCCGCCCGUGGCUGCCUACCAGACCCGGCCCCCCAUCCCCAUCAUCUGCCCUACUGGGUGCUCUUGCAGUUUGCACAUCAAUGACCUGGGCCUGACGGUCAACUGCAAGGAGCGAGGGUUUCACAACAUCUCCGAGCUCUUGCCCAGGCCUUUGAAUGCCAAGAAGCUGUACCUGAGCGGGAAUUUGAUCCAGAAAAUCUACCGCUCCGAUUUCUGGAAUUUUUCUUCCUUGGAUCUCUUACACCUGGGGAACAACCGGAUCUCCUACGUGCAGGACGGGGCUUUUAUCAACCUGCCCAAUCUCAAGAGCCUCUAUCUGAACGGCAAUGACAUCGAGCGGCUCACCCCGGGCAUGUUCCGGGGCCUGCAGAGUUUGCAUUACCUGUACUUCGAGUACAACCUGAUCAGGGAAAUCCAGCCGGCGGCCUUCAGCCUCAUGCCCAACCUAAAGCUCCUCUUCCUAAACGACAACCUGCUCCGCACCCUGCCCACCGACGCCUUCGCCGGCACCUCCCUGGCCCGCCUCAACCUUCGCAACAACCAUUUCUUGGCGCUGCCGGUGGCCGGGGUGCUGGAGCAUCUCCACGCCAUCGUCCAGAUCGACCUGAAGCUCAACCCGUGGGACUGCACCUGCGAGCUGGUGCCCCUCAAGCAGUGGCUGGAGGCUCUCAGCUCGGUCAGCGUGGUGGGUGAGGUGCUGUGCGCCAGCCCCGAGCACCUGGCCCGCCGCGACCUCCGCUCCCUGGAGCUGGCGGCCCUCUGCCCGGCCGCCCUGCGCCCCGCCGCCGCCGCCUCGCCCUCCGCCGCCCCUCCGCCUCCCGCCGCCACCGGUGCCGCCGCCUACGAGCUGCCGCCGGCCGCCGCCGCCGUCCCGCUCUCCGUCCUCAUCCUCAGCCUCCUCGUGCUCUUCUUUUCCGCCGUGCUGGUGGCCGCCGGGCUUUUUGCCUUCGUCCUGCGCCGUCGCCGACGGAAGCUGCCGUUCCGCGGCCCGCGGCCGGAGGCGGCCGACCUGGGCGGCGUUCCGUUGCGCUGCCCGCGGCUCUUCGAGGAGGGCGGCGGUGGCGGCGGCGGCGGCGGCGGCGGCGGGGGCGGAGGGGGCGAGCGGUCCCCGGAGAAGGCGCCCCCGGUGGGCCACGUCUACGACUACAUCCCGCACCCGGUGACCCAGAUGUGCAACAACCCCAUCUACAAGCCGCGGGAGGAGGAGGAGGCGGCGGGCGGCAGCGGCGGCGGGGAAGCGGCGGAGCUGCUGCGGGGCGGCGGCGAGCGCUUCGCCCACGCCGCCGCCGCCGCCACCACCGCGCAGGAGCCGGGCACCAACUACCGCACCUUGCUGGAGAAGGAGCAGGAGUGGAGCCUGGCCGUGUCCAGCUCGCAGCUCAACACCAUCGUCGCCGUCCACCCCCAGCACCCCGCGGGCGGCGGGCUGGCGGCGGGCGGCGGCGGGCUCGGGGGGGCGGCGGCGGGAGGAGCCCCGCGGGACCGCGACCGCCCGCCGCCCUGCGCCGUGGGCUUCGUGGACUGCCUGUACGGCACAGUGCCCAAGCUGAAGGAACUGCACGUCCACCCCCCUGGCAUGCAAUACCCGGACCUCCAGCAGGACGCCAGGCUCAAAGAAACCCUUCUCUUCGCGGCCGGCAAGGGCUUCUCAGACCACCAAACUCCCCCAAGCGAAUACCUCGAGUUAAGGGCCAAACUCCAAACCAAGCCGGAUUACCUCGAAGUCCUGGAGAAGACCACGUACCGGUUCUGACCGCCGCCCCGCCGCCCGCCCCGGCACCGCCGCAUGCGAGUAGAGGAUACAGCUGUGUGCUCUCCCCCGCCAGAUGUGCGCGCUGCGGGGAAGGGCCGUUCUCAGAUCAUUAAUCGAUGAAGUGCCUUCGCAGACUUUUGCCAGCAGAUGUUAAUCAAUCAUUAUUUUUUAUACUGAAUCUGAGACUUUGACUGUGCCAUGUCUAAGGAAACUUCCUUUCCUU